CAGCACCAAAGUUCACAUUGAAACAUUUUCAUCUGCCUUUGCGAGUGUUCCCUUCGUCAAUACAAGAGAUCAAGAGCAUCUAAUUGUGGGCUUUUGAAGGAUCCUACUUCUAGCUCAUAAAGAUGAAUUUGUUUUGGUGUUCAGCUGUCUUCUCCCUCACUAUAUCGUUGGUAUGGUGUGGAAUCAAGGACUUCCACGAACAUUUUGAACAUGUUGGUGAGGCACAAUCCAUCCACCCUCGUGAGCUUCUCAGAAAUGAAACUCUUCGCGUGACUGUUUUGUCACCUGAAUUCCAUCAAGAAAAUACAAUAACCAAAGACCUGAGCAUUGAAGAAGAGGAGGACGACGACUACUUGGACUUUGAAAAAAUCUUAAAUGAAGACGAUGACUACAUCGACAUAAUUGAUACCAUUCCGGAGGCUAUUUCUCAUUUUGAGCAAGGAAACAUUAUGGAACUUUUUCGUGGGAAAACCAGAAUCCAGCGUCUCAACAUCCUCAAUGCUGAUUUUGGCUUCAGCCUUUACCAAAGCAUUAGGGAUCGAGUCAAUUCUUCAGAUAAUAUUCUCUUGGCUCCAGUUGGCAUUUCCACAGCCAUGGCUAUGCUUUCUUUGGGACUAAGAGACCAAACGCAGGAAGAAGUCUUGGACGUUCUAGGUUUUGGAGACUUUAUUAAUACCAGUUCCAAGUAUGACUUCAUGACUAUUCAUAACCUCUUCCACAAACUCACUCACAGGCUCUUCAGGAGAAAUUUUGGCUACACACUCAGGGCAGUCAAUGACCUCUAUAUUCAAAGGCAAUUUUCUGUGCUGAAUGAAUUCAAGGACAAUAUGAAAAAGUACUAUUUUGCUGAGGCUCAGCUGGCUGACUUUUCAGACCCAACCUUCAUUGCUAAUGCUAAUGGGCGAAUUGUAAAGCUCACCAAAGGCUUAAUUAAAGAAGCUCUCGCUAACAUACACCCUGACACACUGAUGAUGGUCCUCAACUGUCUGUACUUCAAAGGAACCUGGGAAAACAAGUUUCCAGUGGAGAUGACCCACAAACAGACCUUCCGGCUGAAUGAGAAAGAGACGGUGAAGGUUCCCAUGAUGAAGACCAAAGCCAAGUUCCUGGCCACCGAAGACAAUGAGCUGGAUUGCAGAGUGCUGCAAUUACCCUAUGUGGGUAAUAUCAGCAUGUUGAUCGUGCUGCCCUAUAAGCUAUCUGGCAUGAAGACUCUGGAGAACCAACUUACUCCCCAGGUGGUUGAGAGAUGGCAGAAGAGCAUGACCAACAGAACUCGGGAAGUUGUGCUGCCCAGAUUCAAGCUGGAGAAGAACUAUGACUUGAUCGAGCACCUGAAGGCGAUGGGCAUCAACGAGCUGUUCACCCAGAGCGGCAACUACUCUGGUAUCUCGGAAGAAAGGAUAACUAUCAGCAAGUUUAACCAUCAAGGGACUAUUACGGUGAACGAAGAAGGGACCGAGGCGGCCUCUGUAACCACUGUGGGCUUCAUGCCCCUUUCAGCUCAAAUCCGUUUUGUCAUCGACCACCCUUUCCUCUUACUCAUCUAUGAGCAUCGCACCAGCUGUCUGCUCUUCAUGGGGAGAGUUGCCGACCCCAGCAAGCAUUAAGCAGCAGAAUCACGCUUGCCCGACAACUGCAACCUGAAGAACCACCACCAUGAGUACUAAUACCUGCUCCCAGUUUGUUUCAAAGGAUGGCCUCUGAGUCUUUUUAGGAGCGCUUGUGAUCAAAAUCGCCCUGUCUCAAUGAAGAUCACCGUGAUUAUAAACCUCAUUUAUAUUUAAUAAAAAAAAAAGUGUGAAACAUUCGUUAUUAGA